AUGGAGUGGGUCAAGAUGAAGGAGUGCGCCAGGGAGUUCAUGGUUGGGGUGGCGGAAAUGACGGUGGAGUUAGGAAAAGGUUGCAGAGACAUAGUGAAGCAGAGUUUGGUCAACGAAGAUUCAUAUAUUGUCAAAACCUUUGGGAGAGAUUCCUACAUUGGAAAAAGAGUUAGAGGACCCUGCGCCAAGCUUUUCGCCAAAUUGAGCUUCUUCAACGAGUAUUUGCCCGAGGAUAAGGAUCCUCUUCACGCUUGGUCCGUAAUUUUAUUCGUUUUCGUUCUCGCCUUUUUAGCUUUGUAUGUCAAUUUUGAGCGUGAUCCGUACGCGCCGCCGGUGAAGCAGGUGUUUAUGCAUCCUCCUUGUGCUUCUCGCGUAGUGCUUCCUGAUGGAAGGUUCAUGGCGUAUAAGGAGCAAGGUGUUUCAUCUCAACAAGCUAGGUUUUCCAUCAUUGCUCCUCAUAGUUUUCUUUCCUCCAGGCUUGCAGGGAUUCCUGGAGUUAAAGAUUCUCUGCUGGAAGAGUUUGGUAUUCGUUUGUUGACGUAUGAUCUUCCUGGUUUUGGUGAGAGUGAUCCUCAUCCCAAGCGGAACCUCGAAUCCUCGGCAACAGAUAUGGCAUCUUUAGCGGAUGCUCUUGGUGUGAACAAGUUUUGGGUUGUUGGUUAUUCAAGUGGGAGUAUGCAUGCUUGGGCUGCGCUUAGAUACAUUCCUGAUAGACUUGCUGGUGCAGCCAUGUUUGCUCCCAUGGUGAACCCAUAUGAUCCUAUGAUGACAAAGGAAGAGAGACGAAGAACUUGGAACAAAUGGACACGGAGAAGAAAAUUCUUGUACUUCUUAGCCCGUAGGUUUCCUAGAUUUCUAGCCUUCUUCUAUCAGCGAAGCUUCUUGUCAGGAAAGCAUGGACAGAUUGAUAGGUGGCUGUCAUUAUCUCUGGGAAGAAGGGAUAAAGCACUGAUGGAAGAUCCAAUCUACGAGGAAUUUUGGCAAAGGGAUGUGGAAGAAUCAAUCAGACAAAGAAAUGUGAAACCCUUUGUGGAGGAAGCUGCUUUGCAGGUCACAAAUUGGGGUUUCAGCCUUUCAGACCUCAAGUUGCAGAAGAGAAAACAGAGUAGUGAUUUCUUCAGUUGGAUUAAAUCAAUGUUCACUGAAACUCAGGAAUAUACAGGAUUUCUUGGCCCUAUACACAUAUGGCAAGGAAUGGAUGAUAAAGUGGUUCCCCCAUCAAUGACUGAUUUUGUGCACCGCGUGCUACCCGGAGCCGCAGUGCAUAAACUCCCAUACGAAGGUCAUUUCACUUACAUCUACUUUUGUCAUGAAUGCCACAGACAGAUAUUUACUACACUUUUCGGAACCCCACAAGGCCCACUCAGCAUUUCUAUAGAAGUAGAUCAAGCUACCCUAAAAACCAAUAUUGAACAAGAAGUAGUAAACGAUGGUGAUUAUGCCUCAAACUAG